UUCAAGUGUUGCUUCAAAAUGGUUCAGUUUCUAAGUACACAAGACUGUGAGUUUAUAGUCAGACAAAUUCUGAACUCCAAUGACGUAUCUGACGUCGAUUUUGCUCUAAAACCAUUGUCUGAGCGAAAUUUUGACUUAGAAAUUAACUUCCGCCAUGAAAAGGAAACCAAAAGCUUGACUUUUUUUGCAAAAUUGGCUACGAAUCUGCCAAAAAUUAACAACAUUGUCGACAACUUCAACAUAACACCAAAAAUUCGCUACGUGAAAGAAAACUUCAUAGUUUUUGAAAAUUUGGAAAGUCAAAGUUUUCAAAAAUGCGAGUCGCUUACAGUCGAGCAUUUCUGCGCUGUGUUGAAAGUUCUGGCAAGUUUCCACGCUGCGGGUUUGACUUUUCAAGAAACGAAACAAAAAAACAAUCAAACCAAUGUUAAUCUGAGAGAACCUGAAGUUGUCGCUUUAGUUUCAUCUAUGGUGGACAACAAAGAAGAAAUAUCUCGAGUGGUCGAAGAACUCGAGGAACGACAGCUUCAUUCACCGACUUAUGAUCUUCUUCAAGUGAUUUUUUUCAACACCACGGCGCAGUUCCGCCAGCACCACUGGAAAAUUCUAUUGGAUCACUACUACGACUGUUUGAAACAAGAAAUUCAAGACACAAUUUUGCCAGUCGACGAUUUCCAUCUAAGUGUUCACUAUUUCUUACCUUUGGUAAAACUAGAAGCCGCUAGACUCCACCAAAACGAAACAGCGCUAGAAGAAUUGAAAGAAAUUCUAAAUUGUCCAGUCGUGUCCAAAGAAGAUUGUUACACCAUCGUCAAAAAUAGACUUGUCACGACCAACUACACGUUUGUAUCUUUCAAAGUCACCCCUUUGGACAACGUUAGCGGAUUUAUGGGUCAAUACCACAACCUACAAGUCAAAAUUCUGCAUCUAUGUGAAGAAACAACCAUCAGUUGUUUUAUUAAAUCAGUACCAAGACCUGGUACUCCGACGGCCAUCGCCGCCCAAGAUUUUAACAGCUUCGCACGAGAAUUUUUCACGUAUGAAACUCUAGUGGUGGAAAUGCAAAACCAUGGAAUUGACACCAUCAACGAGUGUGUACCAAGAUGCUUCUUCCACAGACCCAAACAAUUCAUGGUUUUCGACGAUCUGGCUUUCCGUGGUUAUGCAAAUCUCGAUUCUAUGAAACCCCUAGAUGUCAACAUGUUGACUCUUCUGGUCAAAACUUUGGCCAAAUUCCACGCUUGUUCUCUAAUUCUUGAGGAAAAAGUUUCCCGAGACGAAGAAAAACCGUACCGUUUGUACCACGCUUACAAAGACCAAUUCAAAGAAGCUAUGUUUUUCCACGACGCUAACCAUAGAGGUGCCCGACAAGUCGCAACCGGAGUUAAAUCAGUUGCAGCCGCGGUCAAUCUAUUGGGAGAAAUCCAAACCGAAACCAAUCUACGCAAUUUUUCCAAAUUUUGGCCAACCCUCCAAGACUUGUACUACGAAUUGCCCAAACCGUCAGACCGUUUUCGCAAUGUGGUAUGUCAUGGAGAUAUAUGGACUAGCAACAUGAUGGUCAAAUUCGAAAACGACGAAGCUACAGAUUGUGUCUUGUUUGACUUCCAGUUUGUCAGAUAUUGUCCCCCUGCUUACGAUCUUCUUCAGGUGCUUUAUUUGACGACACAUCGUGCCACAAGACUGAAGUUUGAAGACCAACUAGUCAAAAUCUAUCACGACGAACUUGGGAAAAUUUUGAGCUUCUAUGGAGUCAACAUAGAUGAUUUUUAUCCCUUUGGGGUUUUCGUGGAGUCGUUGAAUUACAUCAGACCCCACAUGGUGCUGCACGCAGCCCGUGAAUGUGUUCUAACAAUGUGCACACCCGAAGAAAUUGCUUCCUUUUUGACAGACGAAGAAAAAAGCAACCGUGUAUUUUUUGAAGAUCGUACUGAUUUUAUGACCUACAUGUGUGAAAAGUCGGCUUUGUAUAAAAAAAGACUUCAGGAGUGUGUCUUGGAUAUUUAUGAUUAUUGUAACUUUGUGUGUAAAAAUUAACAUUGUAUAUUAAACAUGUCAAAAUGAAAUUCGCCAGAUAUAAAUACUAUUUGCAG